AUGGUAGUGGUGGUGGUGGUGGCCGCCGUUCUCGCACCCGCUCCAUCAGUCCCUCUACUCGCUCCAUCACCCCUCCUGCCUGCUCGGCGUCACCUCUUGCUGUACCGCCUGAGAUUUUACCAGCUCGUUCCCACAUCAUUAUCCAGCCUACAUGGAGUGACAGAAGCCGAUCUCGAUCUAGAACUAGACCCAGAACUAGAAGCAGCUCACGGUUGGCCUCAUGCUGCUGUUUCCCAUCCUCGAUAUUACUUCCAAGAUGGAAAUGUGACACUUGAGAUUGACCGGACCCGGUAUAAAAUCCAUCGUCACUUCUUGGUCACGAAUUCUCCUGUAUUUGCAAAGGAGUUACCGCCUUACAUUAUAUACACGACAUUGACCGGUAACGUUGACAAACAAGCUUUCGAGCUCGUACUGUCGCUUUUCUACCCAAAGGACUGCUUCAGUGGCCAUGACAUCAAGUCGGAGCCGGAUUGGCGCAAAGUCCUGGUGUUUGCUUGCCAAUACAAGAUGACUGUCAUUCGAGAUAUGGCUCUCACGAAAGUUCCAACGCUUGACCCUGUCGAGAAGGUCGAGUUGGCGACGAAGUAUGGACUGAAGGACUGGCUCGUGUCGGCAUAUGUCGACCUGUGCAUGAAGGAUUUGGGAGAUCGUAACGGAUGGUCAGCGGAGGAAGGGAAGAAGAUAGGCCUAGAAGGUGUCCUUGCACUUGCCGACGUCAGGCGAGAUAUCUUGGAACAUCUGGAGGAGCAUUUAGAUAGAGAUAAAGUUUUGAAGACCGUGGAGAAGAAAGUGGAAGCAUUGAAGCAGAUCUGA